GAGAGAGAGAGAGAGAGCUGAAAGUGAAGCGGGAUGUCCGAGAUCUCUUUCCUUGUUGUGCCUCCUGCUUGUCUGUCCUUUCUUGGAAUGAAGACAUCGAAAUCCAAUCCAUAUUGACUUUAUCCCGAAGCGUCCAUCGCCAAAGUUCGCCGAGACUCCGCACGAGCCCGCCUUUUCUUUUAUUUUGGAAGUUGCUCCAGCCGAAGUGUUUCUUCUUUGGUAUACGCGCAAUGGAAGCUCAUCUCCAUCGCCUCUCUGCUCACCUCCUGGAGCUACUGAUGAUAUCUUACCGAUGAAAACAACUCAUGUGGACCAGACAGUGACCUUGUCGGUGUGGAUACUGCAGAUUGUUUUCAUGACAAUCACACAGCUUUUAUUUUGGAGGGUCUAUUGAGGGCUCCGUGCUUUGGCGCCUCUUGAGCGCACCUGUCUGACUCAACCAUGUUGUCCUCUGGGAAAUACUACCUGCUCCUGGUCCUGCUCACCAAAAGUAUCCUGUCUGACCCAGGAACCUCUAACCAAGUGAUUCUUUUGGACACCACAGCAGUGCUGGGAGAACUGGACUGGAAGACCUAUCCUGUCAAUGGGUGGGAUGCUAUCACUGAGAUGGAUGAACAGAACAGACCAAUCCACACGUUCCAAGUUUGCCACGUUAUGGAGCUAAACCAAAACAACUGGCUUCAAUCUGGAUGGAUCCAGCGACAAGCAGCACAAAGGGUAUACGUAGAACUGCGUUUUACUUUGAGGGACUGCAACUCCAUUCCUUGGGUGUCUGGCACAUGUAAGGAAACCUUCAAUCUAUUCUACCUGCAAACGAAUGAACCACUCCCUGUGGGGACACGCUUCCGACCCACUGACUAUACCAAGGUUGAUACUAUUGCAGCAGAUGAGAGUUUUACUCAGACGGAUCUUGGUGAUCGUGUUCUUCGACUCAAUACUGAGGUCAGGGAGGUGGGGCCAGUGACACAGAGAGGUUUCUACUUGGCCUUCCAGGAUGUGGGUGCUUGUAUUGCGCUUGUGUCUGUUAAGGUGUUCUACAAACGUUGCCCAUCGACGCAGCGGAAUCUGGCGGAAUUUCCCGACACUGUGCCACAUACGGACUCUUCCUCUCUGGUGGAGGUUCGGGGCGCUUGCGUGGAGAAUGCUGAGGAGAGAGAUACGCCUAAAUUGUACUGUGGCGCUGAUGGAGACUGGUUGGUACCACUGGGUCACUGCAUAUGUAGCAUUGGCCACGAGCAGAUGGAUGGCUCCUGCCAGGCAUGUAAGCCUGGUUUCUUCAAACCGUAUGCUGGGAACACGAAAUGCUCUCAGUGUCCUCUACAUAGUUCCAGCCAUGACCAGGCUGCCACCAUGUGUCAUUGUGAGAAAGGAUUCUACAGAGCUAACAAGGACCCCUCUACCAUGGCUUGCACAAGACCUCCAUCAGCACCCAGGAACCUGGUAUCAUUGAUCAAUGACACAGCCCUCUUCCUGCAGUGGAUGCCUCCGAGUGACACAGGAGGCCGCAGUGACAUCAUCUACAAUGUCCUGUGCCAGCGCUGUGAUGGGGAGAGCGGUGUGACACUGUGCGAGCCAUGUGAGCCAGACCUGAGAUUCAUCCCGCGGCCGCUGGGUCUCACUGGGAUCUCUGUGGCCAUACUAGAUUUUGCAACGCCCGCCAACUACACAUUCCUUGUGGAGGCUGUGAAUGGUGUAUCUGGGCUGGGCGUGGCUGCACGUGCGCUGAUAAAUGUCACAGUUAAUACGCAUCAAGCCGGUCCUGCUCUUGUGGGUGUCAUCAGGAAGGAUUGGGCCACUGAUAACAGUAUCUCCCUCUCCUGGACGGAAGAGGAACAUCCGCCCUUAGACAUUGUGGACUAUGAAGUCAAAUACUACGAGAAGGAACAAGAUCAGCUGAGCUACUCGUCGACAAGGACCAACAAUCCCAGUGUUGUAGUAUCGGGCCUCAGACCCUCAACUGUCUAUGUGUUCCAUGUACGUGCUCGGACAACUGCCGGCUACACUGCUUACAGUUCCAACUUUGAGUUCUCCACAGCAGCUGAAGCACCUGACGUCGCUGAUCAGGGUCAAGUGCUGGUUGUUGUCACGGCAUCUGUUGGUGGCUUCUCACUGCUGGUCAUUCUUACGCUCUUCCUCCUGAUAACUGGACGGUGUCAGGGAUAUAUCAAAGCCAGGAUGAAGUCAGAGGAGAAGAGGAGGACACGCUUCCGUAGUGGACAUGUUCCAUUCUCUGGGAUAAAGACUUAUGUGGACCCAGACACUUAUGAAGACCCCACGCAGGCUGUGGAGGAAUUUGCAAAAGAGAUAGACCCCUCAUCUAUAUGCAUCGACAGGGUUAUUGGCACAGGGGAAUUUGGUGAGGUUUGUAGCGGUCGUUUACGCAUACCUGGAAGGCUGGACAUUGCUGUAGCAAUAAAAACUCUUAAAGGCGGCUACAUGGACCAGCAGAGGAGAGACUUUUUGCGUGAAGCAUCAAUCAUGGGGCAGUUUAACAGCCCCAACAUCAUCAGACUGGAGGGAGUGGUCACGAAGAGCAGGCCUGUGAUGAUAGUGGUGGAGUACAUGGCAAAUGGAGCGCUUGAUUCUUUCCUACGGGCACGCGAUGGCCAGUUCACGGUGCUCCAGCUUGUUGGUAUGAUGCGUGGCGUGGCAGUGGGCAUGGCCUAUCUUUCAGAGAUGGGUUACGUUCACAGAGACCUAGCGGCUCGUAACAUCUUGGUAGAUGAAAACCUGGUGUGUAAGGUGUCUGACUUUGGCAUGUCCAGAGUGAUGGAAGAAGACACGGAGGCAACAUAUACUGCUACAGUGAAUUUUUACUUUGACCAUCAGGGAGGAAAGAUACCAAUACGCUGGACAGCGCCAGAGGCGAUAGCGUAUGGAAAGUUCUCCUCAGCCAGUGAUGUUUGGAGUUAUGGUAUUGUCAUGUGGGAAGUGAUGUCAUACGGCGAGAGGCCUUACUGGGAGAUGUCCAAUCAAGAUGUCAUUCUAUCAAUGGAGGAAGGAUAUCGAUUACCUGCUCCGAUGGGCUGCCCCGUCACUCUGCACCAGCUGAUGUUGCACUGCUGGCAGAAGGAGGCCAAUCAACGUCCGCGAUUCAACAAUGUGCUCUGUUUCCUGGACAAACUCAUCAUCAACCCCAGUGGGCUUCUUACUCUGGUGAAUGAUACACAGAUUUUCCCUGAUUCUCCAGACGACAUGCCGGACUACCCUCUCUUCAUCUCUAUUGGAGACUGGCUGGAUUCCAUCAAAAUGAGCCAAUACAAAAACAACUUUAUUGCAGCGGGUUAUACAACACUGGAUUCCAUUGCAACAAUGAGCAUAGAUGACAUCAGGAGAAUUGGCAUCUGUCUGAUUGGCCACCAGAGGAGAAUCAUAAGCAGCAUACAAUCUCUGCGCCUGCAGUUUCACCAUAUCCAACAGAGUGGCUUUCAAGUGUGACGCCAUGGUACACACGCAGACUGUGUGUGUACACAUUCGACUACUGCACACCAGACUGUUGGAUUUAGUAAGUGUCACACACUGCGGAUGAGAGCAAUUUGGAGCUUGACAAUGUGGAGUCUAGUCAGUCAUCAUCUUAUUGGUCACUGUCAAUGCAGCCACUCAACAACAACAACAACAACAACUAACCUCAGCCAGUUCUGGCUAAAUGCGGUCUCGUUAGCUCAGCAAAUAUUAACAUUAGUUUAAAUUGAGUUUUGAUUAAAGUGCCAGUCAAUGCCGCUGCUCUUUCCAAGUGACAAUCCAAUGGUUCUGAUUGACUUGUUGUCGAAUCUGAGACCUCAAGACCAGAGAUAAUGUGGAGAGAACAGGUGGCAGUAUGUCACAGUAUGUUAUUUUAUUAUAGAAAUUUGAUGCUGGUUUAUUAAAUAUGAAGAAUUGACAUUAUAGUAAAUACAAUCCUAUUAUUGAACUGAAGACCACUGAAUGUCAAAAGAUUUUAUAGAAAUGUGUUCCACAUCCAUGGUAUUGCAGUGUGUCUUGUACUGGAAGUCAUGUAAAAGGUGUAUGUUUCUUCCUUAAUAAACAACUCUAUUUUAAA